GACCAAUCCGCAAUUCCCGCCCGCGCGCGCUAUCUGUUGCCUAGUAACGGGUGUAGGUGGGGGAAUUUCUUCACUCAGCCACGCACAUGUAGUAUUCUCAUUAUUGUUUUGUUUUGAGUAAUUUUCUUGAAGUAUUAUAGUGUUACACUGGUGACUUAUUUGAAGAUUUCCGUUGUUUUGUGAGAUUAUUAUUAUACAGUAGGUAAUAUGCCGAAACGCAAGUGUUCAUUUAAUGUAAACCUACAAGCAAAGUACCCGUUUAUUAAGCAAAGUAAUACUCCUUCGGAUGUCAGAUGCGAAAAGUGUCGCACUGAGUUUAGUGUUUCCCAUAGUGGUGCUGGUGACAUUGAACAGCAUUUGAAGUCCGAAAAACAUAAAAAUGCAGAUCGUCCAUCUUCAAAAGAUUUGGAUGUUGCCGCGGCUGAAGGUGUCUGGGCAUAUCACACUGUACAAGAAAAUCACAGUUUCCGCUCUAAUGAUUGUGCGUCGAAAUUAAUUCAAUCCUGUUUUAAUCAGAAAUUUACAUGCGCGCGUACAAAGACAGAAGCCAUUGUCGUAAAUGUAUUGGCGCGUACAGCGAUCGAGGAAUUAAAGGACGAUCUCAAUAGGUCCAACUGCAUUACCAUUUUAAACGGCGCUUCAAACCACGGUAACAAGAAAAUAUUUCCUUUCGUAGUGCGUUUUUUUCAACCUUACGAAGGUGUACAAGUGAAAAUUUUAGACCUCCAAGACCAACCAGGUGAAACGUCAGAUAUCAUUGUCAAUUAUUUACAGAAAGUAUUGACAGAUAAUAAUUUGACAGAAAAAGUCGUCGCAUUUUGUGGCGAUAAUGCGAAUGUAAAUUUUGGGGGUGUAGCUAGACGAGGAACUAACAAUGUGUUGGCAAAAUUGCGGUCAUCUUUAAAAAAACCGUUGAUCGGUAUUGGAUGUGGAGCCCAUAUAAUUCACAAUGCUAUAAAAUCUGCUGCAGACGGUCUACCUUUAGAUUACGAAAGCAUUAUUGUGAAAUUAUAUUCAUUUUUUUAUAUUUAUACAGUUCGAAUUGAAGCUCUAAAGGAAUUUUGUGCUGAAGCUGAAAUAGAACAUCAUCAAAUGCUUGGUUACAGUAAAACUCGUUGGCUUGCGCUGAUGCCUGCUUUGGAGAGAAUUUUGAAAAUGUAUCAGCCGUUAAAGGAAUAUUUUUUGAGCAUUGACAAAUGUCCCAAAUUAUUAAAAGACUUUUUUGAAGAUCCUACAUCUGAAUUAUGGCUUUAUUUUUUACACGCUCAGUCAGCAAGUUUUCAUCAAGCUGUUUUGAAGAUUGAAGGUCAAACUUUAUCGGCAAUUGAUGUUGCAAAAGAAAUAAAUCAACUCAAAGAAAAUUUGAUACAGAAACAAACCAAUCAGUUUCUUCCAUUUACUGUUCGUACAUUAAUAGUAAAACUAAAAGAUAAUGGCUCUAAUAUUGAUGAAGAUUUUGUGAAAAGAACAGCUACAGAAUUUUACAAAACGAGCAGUGAAUAUCUGGAAGAAUGGACUUGCAUCCUUACUAAAGAAAUGGAGAUUUUUUUUUGGGCUGAUUUAAGAACAGUACCUGCAUGGGUAGAUGUACAAAAAACAUUGGAUAUAUUAAUUGAAAAGGGAUACAUUGACAGCAAUAAAGAUACAGAAGUAUUUGACGAAUUUACAUUAAUAUUAAACUACGUAACUUCACAGAAAAUUUCCGAAUGGAAUCAUUUAAAAGUUCACACUGAAACUCGUUGGGUUGAAAUGUGUGAUUUAGAUCCACGCGGUAACUUUUUGGAAAGUAAAGUAUGA